AUGGGCUACGACGUCGCGGACUAUGAGAGCGUCUACCCACCGUACGGGACAGUGCAAGACAUGCAGGUUCUCAUCGACGAGUGUCAUCGUCGCGGCCUCCGCAUCAUCCUCGACCUCGUGGUGAACCACACCUCCGACCAACAUGCCUGGUUCAAGGAGUCGCGCUCCUCCAAGUCCAGCCCCAAGCGCGACUGGUAUAUCUGGCGACCGGCUAAAUACGACGCCGAUGGCACACGCCGACCCCCUAAUAACUGGCGGAGUAUAUUUGGAGGCAGUGCAUGGGAGUGGGACGAGACGACGCAAGAGUAUUACUUGCAUCUGUUUGUGAAAGAGCAGCCGGACGUCAACUGGGAGAAUCCUGAGACCAGACGCGCGGUUUACGAGUCCGCUAUGGAGUUCUGGUUGAAGAAGGGCGUGGACGGGUUCCGCGUCGACACGGUCAACAUGUAUAGCAAGCAUCCGGGUCUGCCUGACGCCCCGGUGCUUGACCCCAAGGCCGACACGCAGGUCGCGGCGUCGCUGUUCUGCAACGGGCCGAGAAUCCACGAGUAUCUGGGCGAGAUGAAUGCCAUCUUAAGCAAAUACGAUGCCAUGACGGUCGGCGAGUUACCAAACACACACACCCUGGACGGCGUGCUAGCGUAUGUCUCCGCUGCGCAGAAUCAGCUGAGCAUGGUUUUUCAAUUCGACGUCGUGGAUCUCGGCAUGGGAAAGGACUACAAGUACCUGACCACCUUGCCCGGGUGGACUCUACCUGACCUCAAGGCCGCGAUCAAAGGCACGCAAGACAUCAUCGAUGGCACGGAUGGCUGGACGACGGUAUUCAUGGAGAACCACGACCAGGGGCGCUCCGUGUCCCGUUUCGGCUCCGACAGAACGCCCGAGUUGCGCGUGCGGUCGGCGAAAAUGCUGUCUCUGAUGCAGUGUACCUUAUCUGGGACGCAAUUCGUCUACCAGGGCCAGGAGAUCGGGAUGAUCAAUGCCCCGGAACAUUGGAGCAUCGACGAGUACAAGGACAUCGACAGCAUCAAUUUCUACAAGAUGAUUCGCGAGUCGACCAACGAUGACACGGUGCAGUUGGACAACGGGAUGAAGGCCCUGCAGCGUCUGGCGAGAGACCAUGCACGUCUGCCUAUGCAGUGGAGCGCAGAGCCGAAUGCCGGAAUCUCACCUACGGCGUCUGCAAAGACCUGGAUGCGUGUGCAUGACGAGUAUCCUGAGAUAAACGUCCAAAAGCAAGAGCAAGACGCGGCGUCGGUGCUGAGUUUCUGGAAAUCCGCUCUGCAAUGGCGCAAGCAGUAUGCGGAUGUUUUUGUCUUUGGAACGUUUGAGCUGCUGGAUGAGGCAAAUGAGAAGACGUUCACGUACCUGAAGAAGUCGCACGACCGAACUGUUCUUCUGGUGCUCAGUUUCUCGGAGGAGACGCAGGGGUUCGAGAAGCCGGCGGCGUUGAAAGGUCAGGACAUCAGUCUGCUGUUCAGCAAUGUGGAAAACGGCUCUAGGGAUGAGCUGCUGCCAUUUGAGGGAAGGGCGUACUUGAUCAACAAGGACUAG